AUGUCAGUUUAUGUCAACGAAUUCAGUGGUGUUGACGAGUCAACCGUUGCUGGUACCGAGCAACAGCCAUUUAAGACCGCUGCAUUUGCUCUUUAUAGCAAGGCUGAAAGUGAGCCAAAGGAAAUUUAUGUUUUCAAGAAGGAAGACGAUGGAGCAGAAGGCGCGUACGUCGAGAUUAGUGCUAGUGCUUUGAAGAAGGCCAAGAAGGGUGUUGAAGGCUUGAAGAAGAAGGCUGCUAAGCAAAAGGAAUUGGAGCAGAAACAGCAGGAACAAGAGGCUAAGAAUGCUGCUAAGAAGCUAGAAGCUAUGAACAUCACCAUUGAAGAAGAUUUAAGUUUACCAAAGGCAGAACGCCGGAAGAUCCGGUCUGCUUACGAUGCGGUAGACAAGAGAGUUAAGGUUUCCGGUUGGGUUCACAGACUACGUAACAAUAAGUCUGUUGUCUUCAUCAUCUUGAGAGAUGGUACUGGGUUCUUGCAAACUGUGUUGACUGGUGAUUUGGCUAGAUCUUACCAAAUCGUCAAUUUGACUUUAGAAACUACAAUCACAUUGUAUGGUACCAUAAAGGUGGUUCCAGAGAGCAAGAGUGCACCAGGUGGUGUUGAAUUAUUCGUCGAUUACUUUGAAAUUGUUGGCCCGGCACCAUCCGGUGAAAAUGCUUUCACCAACAGAGUUCAAGAAAAUGCUGAUCCUUCGAUUCUUUUGGAUCAAAGACAUCUAAUGUUGAGAGGUGAAACACUGUCCGCUGUAAUGAAGGUGCGUGCUGCUUUGAUGAAAUCUAUUCGUCGUGUAUACGAUGAAGAGGGACUAACUGAGGUCAACCCACCAUGUAUGGUGCAGACUCAAGUCGAAGGUGGAUCCACUUUGUUUAAACUAGACUACUACGGUGAAGAAGCUUUCUUGACCCAAUCCUCCCAAUUGUACUUGGAAACAUGUUUGGCUGCAUUGGGUGACGUUUACUGUAUUCAAGAAUCCUUCAGAGCUGAGAAGUCUCAUACAAGAAGACAUUUGUCCGAAUAUACCCAUAUCGAAGCGGAAUUGUGUUUCUUGGACUUUGACGAUUUAUUGUCACACAUCGAACGUGUCAUCACUAAGACCAUCCAAUACGUGCUAGAAGACCCGGUUGCUGGUCCUUUGGUCAAGAAAUUGAACCCUAAUUUCCAAGCACCUCAACUUCCUUUCAAGAGAAUGGAGUACAAGGAUGCCAUCGAAUGGUUAAAAGAACACGGUAUUAAGAACGAGGAAGAUAAAGAGUUCCAAUUUGGUGACGAUAUCGCUGAAGCUGCAGAAAGAAAGAUGACUGACACCAUCGGUGUUCCAAUUCUUUUGACUAGAUUCCCAUUGGAAAUCAAAUCUUUCUACAUGAAACGUUGUGACGACGACAAACGUGUUACCGAAUCUGUCGACGUCUUGAUGCCAACUGUCGGUGAAAUCACUGGUGGUUCUAUGAGAAUCGACGACACUGAAGAAUUGAUGGCCGGUUUCAAGCGUGAAGGUAUCGACCCUGCUCCAUACUACUGGUUCAUCGACCAAAGAAAAUACGGUACUUGUCCUCAUGGUGGUUACGGUUUGGGUACUGAACGUAUCUUAGCAUGGUUAUGUGACAGAUUCACCGUCAGAGAUUGUUCCCUAUAUCCACGUUUCUCUGGUAGAUGUAAGCCAUAA